GGGAGUUAAUAGGGAGUUAUUAAGAAGAAGAAAGAUUAAGGAGAAAUGAAGGCAAUAAAUAGCGCUACGCUUGAUAAACAGAUAUCUAUAGAGGUAGAUGAACCGGUAGGAUCUAUGUCUAUUUCAGCAUGUGGAAGAGAUGUAAUAUUAGGAUUACGAAAAGGGCUUUUAAUUGUUGAUAUUGAUAAUCCGUAUGAUCCGCCACGAUUUCUUCCUCAUCUUACUACAUGGGAGGUAGCAGAUGUACAAUCGUCUCCUCACGCAUCACGAUCAUUUUGGGUAGCAUCGACAUCGAACCAAAAGACUAUUGUCUGGAAUCUUUUAUUACCAUCACGAAAUGCUAUAGAAUUUGUUCUUCAUAGUCAUUCUCGUGCAAUUACAGACAUUAAUUGGAGUACGCAUCACCCGGAUAUAUUAGCUACAUGUUCUAUAGAUUCAUAUAUUCAUUGUUGGGAUCUUAGAGAUACAAGAAAGCCGAUUAAUAGUUAUUGUGAUUGGACGGCAGGAUCGACACAAGUUAAAUGGAAUAAUCAAAAUGAACAUAUUUUGGCAUCGUCUCAUGGACAAUUUUUAAGAAUAUGGGAUGAUAGAUAUGGAGCACAACCAAUUAAAUCUAUCCGUGUUUGCGAGUAUUCAACAAAAAUAUAUGGGAUAGAUUUUAAUAGGACGGAGGAAACAAAAAUAAUUACAUGUUCUUUAGAUAAAUCAGUUUGUUUUUGGGAUUAUGAAAAAAAUGAAAAUGUACCAGAAAGAAUAAUACGAACAAAUACACCUGUUUGGAAAGCUCGCCAUACGCCAUUUGGUUGGGGCGUUAUUACAAUGCCUCAACGUGAUGAUAAUUCGUUAUACUUAUGGGAUAUACAAGAUGAAAAAAGUACACCUGUAGAACCAUCAGCUAAAUUUGAAGGACAUACAGAUAUAGUUAAAGAAUUUGUCUGGAGAUAUAGUGAAACAGAUGAUAUUUCAAAGGAUACUAGACGAUUUCAACUUAUAACAUGGUCUAAAGAUCAUCAUUUACGACUAUGGCCAAUAUCUAAUGAAAUAUUGAAGUCUACUGGACAUGAUCCAGAAAAGCCAAUAAGAUUCAGAAUGUCCAAUAUAGGCGCAGAAUACAAAACCUAUCGUCACGAACCUUUUGUAGAUCAAAAAGAUACAUCAUCUGUGCAUAUACCAAUAUCUCCUCAAGCCAAAUCUACUUUAAGAAGCACCAUCAAUAACAAGACAAAUACACUGUUUAAUAGGUAUAAAACAGUAACAGGAAAUCAUAUACAUGGAAAGUAUAUGACAAAAUCUAUAAGAUCAUAUAAAGGAGUUCAGCCUUUAGAAUGGAUGAGAGGAGUUCGUAUAGAACGAUCUAUAAACAGCAAUUCAGCUAUAACAUGGAAUAUUCCUGAAAAUUUAGGCGAAGAACUUUCAUGGAUAGGUCAAAAAUUUCCAAAAGUUAAUUUUGAAGAAAUAAAUGUUGCAGGACGUAAAUGUACAUUAGCACUUAAUGGACCUUGGGGCAUUGAUAAUACCAUGAUAUUUAUUAGGCUUCUUGUUCAAUUCCCUUUUAAUUAUCCUAAUAGUGCAAUACCAAAUUUUGAACUUGAAAAAACUUCUUCUUUAUCAGAGGAAAAUUAUAUGGAAAUCAAACAAUCUUUAAAUAAAAUUUCAGAAAGCUAUCUUAAAAAGAAAACCCCGUGUCUAGAAAUAUGUAUUCGUUACCUUUUAGGAGAGAGUGUAUUAAGUGGAGAAUGGAUAUCAGAUACUGAAGGUGAUUCUUCAAGUGAUGAUGAUCAAAUGUUUUCUUUAUCCCGCUCUAUUUCAUUAGAAAAGAAUGCAAACAACAUUGUGGUUCCUUCUCCUCGAAAAUGUGCUGCAACAUUUUGUUUUGGAAAGCUUGUUUGUUUUUUUCAAAAAAAAAAUGAAUCAAUCAAUAGAGCAAUGUCAAUUCUUUCUGAAAAAGAAAACAAAGCAUUUGAAUCACCUAAUAAUUACUUUGAAUCUUUUGGUAACAUUGAGAGUUUUAUUAAUAAUAAAAUUGGAAUAAGCUCUGAAGACCUAUUAUUAAGAAAUAACUCUUUAAAUUUAGACGAAGAAAAUCAAGCUAAUUCUUCUAUUUGGAGGUCAAGGUCAUUUAAAAGGAAAAAUUCAAAAUUCAAUUCAUACAGUAGCCAAAAUGAACGUUAUUUUAACCGGCGAUCAUCGAAUAUACGUUCAGAAGAUCAUUAUGGAAAUAUUCUCAUUCAGAAUAUUAGUUAUCUUGAACCUAUUAAAGAAACUUUAGCAAGAAAUUAUAAAAUUUGUGGAUCUUCUAUAGAAGUUUGUGAACAUAAUGCAAAAAUCGCUUUAAAAUAUGAUCUAUUAGAGCUUUAUGAAGUAUGGAUGCUUGUAAAAAUGAUAAUAUCUGGAGCAGAGUUGAGAACAUAUACAAAUCUAUUUGAAAAUAAAGAUAAAACAGACACAGAUUUAAAAUUAUUUAUUUGUAAAAAAGAACAGGAAAUUUCCAAUUUUAAGAAAUCAAUGCAAAAACAACCUUCAAUAUAUAAUAAUGUUCGCUCGGAUAAUCAUCCUUUUGGACAAUGGUUGAUUGAUCGAAUCUUUUCAUAUUAUGAAAACCUGAGGGAUGUCCAAACGUUAGCCAUGUUGUCAUGUGUGCUUGAUUCUGCAGAAUUAAGCAUUUGUCAGAUUUCUGCUACUGACGCAGGUUUAAAUGAAAAAACAUGUAAUUCUUUAUUUCUUCAGAAUCAGCAUAAGAUUUCCAAUAAAAAUAAUAACAUACUUUUACAUAAUAAUGCGACACCUAUUCCCGAAAGAUACUAUGAUCAUGAUUCAUUCUUGGAAAAUACACGAAUUUCACAAAAACACAUUUCCCAUCAUUAUUUAACAGAUAUAAAACGUAAUAAUUCUAAUAGUCAUGAAGCUAUUCCAUUUGAGAUAACACUCCCCAUCUCUAUAGAAGAUCGCAAAAGCGAACAUUCUCAAUCACACAUUAAUAAAAACCAUUAUAUAUCAGUAAAGAUGUUUAAUUAUCAGCAAUUGGAUGACGAAUAUAUACCAUUCUCAUUUUUCAGUGAAGAAAGAAAGCAACUAAAGAAAUAUUAUAGAAUAAAUUAUGCAGAAUUUCUUAUUAGAUGGAAAUUGUAUAAAAAACGUACUGAAAUUUUAAAAUUUAAUUCAAAAUUUAAUAAUAAUGAAAUGCUUUUUACUACCAAAAAGAAAACUUUUGUUUUUGAUAAUAAAUCAGAAAAUUGUGUUAAAUGUUUUUCAGAUCAAUCUUCAUUAGAUAAAAACUAUAGUAUUUGUAAAAAAGCUACUUUUUUUUCUAAUUGCAUAUUUUGUGAAGUAUGUGUAAAAGGUUUGGUAUCUGGCUGUAUAGUCUGCUCUCAUGGAGGACAUGCUAAAUGUAUGAAGAAUUGGUUUAUGCAAACAAAGGAAUGUCCUACAGGCUGUGGAUGUGAAUGUCUUCUAUGGACUGUUUCAAAGGAAGAAUCUAAUGAUAUAAAUAUUCAAAACUUUCAAGAAUCAGAAUAUUUUCCAGAAGAAAAUGACAUAAAAGAAAUAUGGUGUAAACCACACAAUAUUACUAUAUUUAAAAGCAAAAAAUUACAAAACAGACAUAUUGAUUGAUUAUUUUUUAAAUAUACAAAAAAAAUUAAUUUAUAACAAAAUGAAA